AUCAUAUAAUAGAAAUAAAUCCAAAUGAUUCUUAUUAACUAAAAGUAUUUUAAGAAAUCAUGACAGACUCAAAUGCAAAGAAAUUUGUUAAGGGUCGUAAUGCUUUAAAGGGAAAAGCUGCUGGUGCUCCUAAGCAGCUGAGUAAAGCUAAAGAACUUGAGAGAAAGAAGGCUGAAGAAGCAGAGACAGCAGCCGUUUUAAACGAAUAUAUUGCUGAUUUUCAAACUUCUGCUGCUGGUGGCAAAACAUUCAUUCGGGCAGGUGCCAUUAAUACAGACAAAAAACCGUUUCUUUCUGGCAUAAAGCAAGAAGAAGAUGAUGCAUCUGAUCGAUUGUAUAAGCCAAAGUCAAAAAUGAGAGAAUUAGCAGAAGAAUUUAAAAAAAGUAAAGCAAUCUCUGAAGAAUAUAAAGCAACAAAAGACAUUAAAAAGAAGGCUGGGGAAAAAAGGAAAAGUAACUUGGAAUUGUUUAAAGAAGAAUUAGAAAGAUCACAGAAAGAAAGAGAUAUUCGUCGGAAAUUAAAAAAGGGUGACCUUUCUGGGAUUUCUGAAGACAUGCUAAAUUCUCUUCCACAAUCAUUCUUCAAAGCUAAACCAAUUGAAGAUGACUUCGGUUAUCAGUAUGAAGCAAUGGGAUCACACGACACGGGUGAUCCAUCAACAACAAAUCUUUUCAUCAGUAAUAUAAACCCAAAGAUGAAUGAAGAGCAGUUAUGUCUUGUCUUUGGUAAAUACGGUCCGUUAGCCAGUGUGAAAAUUAUGUGGCCGCGCACAGAAGAAGAAAAAGCACGCAACCGAAACUGUGGUUUUGUCGCAUUUAUGAACAGAAAGGAUGGCGAGACUGCAUUAGCUGACAUAGAAGGGAAAUACGUUAUGGAUUACGAAAUGAAAAUAGGUUGGGGAAAAACUGUUCCAAUCCCUCCACAACCUGUAUAUGUCCAUCCUUCACAGACACAAGUAAUGAAACCACCUAAGCAAUCAGGUCUCCCGUUUAACUGUCAAAUAACCUACAAAAUGAAGAAAGCUGGCAUUCAAUUUGAUGGGAAUUUAGAAAAUACUGUCAUCAAAGUUGUAAUUCCCACUGAAAGGGCCAUUGUGUCAGUUAUCAAUCGUGUUGUGGAGUUUGUUGUUCGUGAAGGACCAAUGUUUGAAGCCAUGUUGAUGAAUCGAGAAAUUGCCAACCCAAUGUUUAGAUUUUUAUUUGACAACAAAAGUAAUGAGCAUAUUUACUACAGAUGGAGGGUGUUCUCUCUACUACAGGGUGACACAACAAGUCAGUGGUCACAAGGCUGUUUUAGAAUGUUUAAAGGUGGUUCAAUAUGGCAACCGCCACCAAUCAAUCCAUACGCAGCAAAAACGAUAGGUACUGGUAUGACUGCUUCGGCUGCCCUUGCCUGUGCUUCUUCAGCAAAUGUACACGCAAAUAGCAAUACCUUACCGACUACUGGCGAGGGAUCUCCAACGCUGGCAAUGAAGAAAAAUUUUCUUCUCGAACAACUUUUGAGAGAAUCAAACGAUGAUAAUACUAGUAAGCCAGAGAAGGAAAAGAAGUUGCUUUCAGAUAGGAAACGGGAUCGACUCGAAGACUUACUUCGUACUAUCACUACUGAUCGUUCUAAGAUUGGCGAACUCAUGUUGUUUUGCAUAGAUCACGCCGAGUAUUCCGAAGAGAUUGUGGAAUGCAUUUGCGAGUCGUUAUCUAUAUUAGAAACUCCAGUACCGACCAAAAUUGCUCGUCUCUUUGUUGUCAACGAUAUUCUGCACAACUCUAGCGCAAAGGUUCACAACGCUUCACGUUUUCGUAAAAACUUUCAAGAUCAGCUGCUAGAAACUAUGGAGCACAUGCACAAAACUCUCUCGUCGUGCAGUACAAAAGGACAAAGAGAAAAGUUCAGAAAGCAAGUUUUAGCCUGUCUAUCUGCGUGGCAGGAUUGGGCUAUAUACCCUCCGGCCUUUCUUAUUAAGCUACAAAACGUGUUUGUGGGUAUAUCAACGACAAAAAACCUCAUGCUCGAAGAGGAGUAUUUGAAUAAAAAAAGUAUGUUAGCUAAACUAGAAGGAGAAAAUGUAGACGGAAAUCCUUUAGUGGACGAUAUUGACGGUAUACCGUUUGCUCGUGACGACGUUGACGGCGUUCCCUUAGGUGAUGACGACAUCGAUGGUGUGCCGUUAACGAAAGACACCGGUAACGAUGGUUUACCUCCGUCACGUUGGGAGAAGAACGAUAAAAAUUCGAAAUGGCAGGCGGCAGGUGAUGACCCGUUAUCGUCAUCUCGCUGGGAAAAACAAAGCGACGACGAAGAAACAAAACCGCCCGAAGAACAACGCCCAGCAAGCAAAUGGGAGAAAGUGGAAGGUUUGAAAAAAGGUAAAAGUGGCAAAAUUGGUGAAGCUGAGUCGAAAGAAAGCCCAAAGCCGCAUAAAGGAAAGACGUUCGACACGCCGCCACGUGAAGACGACGAGGAAAGACGAAAGUUUUUACGCGACGUCGAAGUGAAAGUGAUGAGGUUUGUCGACAAAUUGGAGCAGCGUGGCGGAAGUAAAUCCGGUUUGAAUAUUCAAAAAGAAGCUCAAAAGUUCCGACAACAGUUAAUAGAUGAGUACGAGCAAUCUAGGGAGAGAGAAAAUAAAAGACGAGCAAAGACAGAUAGAAAACGUGAUAGAAGUAACUCGCCUAAUUACGAGGACAGCAAACGCAAAAAAAGUUCAAGGAAGCGGGCAUCUUCUUUCUCUAACUCUGACUCAGAGACAGAGGUCCGUAGGAACAAUCGCAAAGGAAAAUCACCAUCAAAGUACUCGCCGAGGAGGAGUUACUCUAGAUCUCCUGGACGAUCCAUGUCACCAAAAUCACCCAUAUUUAGUGAUCGUUCUAGAUCUUCAAUUAGCAGUCGUCCAUCACCAAGACGAGAUUAUUCGCGCCGCUCGAGGUCCCUGUCGUCUUCACCAAUUCGACGAUCUGCCUCGCCUAAUUCAAUGUCACUGAGAUAUGGAAAAUCAAAGCGCUCCCCCUCUCCAUCGUACUCUCCUCCAUCAUUUUCACCGAGAAGACUGUCGUCUAGCGUAACAAAGAGUAACAAGAAAAAGAAAGUGAAGAAGAACAAACGAUGAAGUCUCGAGAAAGAGAUGUAAACACAACGAUGUUGUGCCCAGAAAAAGCGAAAGUUUUUUCUGUGCUACACGAGUAAACAAUGAACAUUCCAAAUUACUUAGUUGUAAAUCAUACUGUACAAAAGACUUAGAAUAAAAA